CGCCUCAGUGCGCAGGCGCAGACUGGGAGUGAGCGGCCUUCCCGGACGGAGUGUGGAUCCCGGCGUGUUGUGUUGUUGAUUCCGGCAGCAAUGUCCCGCAGGGCAGGAGGCAGGUUCGCCAGUUCCAGGGCAGGAUUUCAACCUGAGCCGAAAGAGCAACCUGUACCAGCUGCUUUAAUUAAAGCGGCAAGGAAGAGUGGACAGCUGAACCUAUCCAACAGAGACUUGAGUGAGGUACCCCAGAGUGUAUGGCGGAUAAAUGUGGACCCACCAGAGGAUUGUCAUUUGAAUGUCUCGUUUAAUGCAAGUGAUCGGUGGUGGGAUCAGACAGAGUUAACUAAACUUAUCCUGGCUUCCAACAAACUGGAGUCCUUGUCAGAAGAGAUUCAGCUUCUACCAGCCCUCACAGUACUUGAUGUCCAUGACAAUCAGCUGACUUCUCUUCCUCAAGCAAUCGGACAGUUGCUGAAUCUCCAGAAGCUCAAUGUCAGCCACAAUAAACUAACGGAGCUGCCAGAUGAACUUUGGAAUUUAAGGACCUUGAAAAAUCUGCAACUACAACAUAACGAAUUGGAAAGGAUUCCAGAUGGUAUAGGUCACCUUGUUCACUUGGAAGACCUGGAUAUAUCUAAUAAUCGACUUUCCACAAUUCCAAGUGCGCUCGGUGAGCUGGCAGGUCUACUGAGAUUGAAUCUGGCUUCUAACAAAAUGAAGAGCAUACCGCCAGACAUCAGCAAAAUGAGAAGUUUAAAGUAUCUGGAUGCAACUCAUAAUGAACUGGAAUGUGUCCCUCCAGAAUUAGCAGGCAUGGUUUCAUUGGAGCAGCUUUAUUUGAGGCAUAAUAAGCUUCGCCGCCUACCGGAGUUUCCAUCCUGUAAAUAUCUGAAGGAACUGCAUGUUGGAAAUAACCAGAUUGAAUAUUUGGGACCAGACCACCUGAGACCUUUAAGUGCUAUCAGUAUAUUGGAGCUCCGUGACAACAAACUGAAAUCCUUGCCAGAUGAAAUUCUUCUGCUUCAAGGCCUAGAACGACUGGAUCUCACAAAUAAUGAUAUUAGCAGCUUGCCGUAUAAGCUGGGAAAUCUCCCGAAGUUGAAAUCUCUGUUGCUUGAGGGCAAUCCACUGCGCUCUAUUCGCAGAGACAUUACUAAUAGAGGAACACAAGAACUUCUCAAAUACUUGAGGAGUAGAAUCGAAGAACAACCGGGUGACAAUGAUCCAGCAACAGCUAUGACAUUUCCAAGUGAGUCUAAGUCUGCUGUGUACAGCCUAGGAUCACGCAAGGUUUUAGAAUACUGUAACCAAAAGGCCACUGUUGUUCCAGAUGACGUAUUUGAUGCUUCUAAUGGAACUCCCAUUGUUAGUGUGAACUUGAGUAAGAACUUGUUGACUGGAGUCCCUUCUAGGAUUGCAGAACUUAAAGUCACGGUGACUGAUGUAAAUCUUGGUUUCAACAAGCUUGAUUCUAUUUCCUUGGAGCUUUGCACACUGGAGCACUUGAUACAUCUGGAUCUUAGAAAUAACAUUUUGACUUCAUUACCAAUGGAAAUGAAAAAGCUACAACAAUUACAAACUGUAAUCCUUUCAUUUAACAGGUUUAAAGAAUUCCCUGAUGUGUUAUACAAUAUUCCAGCACUGGAAACUAUACUGAUUAGCAACAAUCAGGUCGGGGCAAUUGAUUCUAGCCAGUUGCUGCAACUUGACAAACUAUCUACACUGGAUAUGCAAAACAAUGACCUAAUGCAUGUCCCACCAGAGUUGGGGAAAUGCAGAAACCUAAGAACUCUGUUACUCGAAGGAAAUCCAUUUCGUAAUCCAAGGCCAGCUAUUUUAGCAAGAGGAACAACUGCAGUCUUGGAAUUCCUUAGGAGUCGCAUUCCUACAUAAAUCUGUGUCUUAGAGAAUGAGAUUUUUCUCAAGGUGUUUGAUCAUGGGUUCUGUUGAUAAAGUUGGCUUUAUUUUCUGUGAUUUAUUUGAAUAGAUUUUGUUAUAUUCUAUGUGUUUCAGAGGGUUCUUGUUUCUUUAAUUAUUUCAGUUUAUGUUCAUAUUGUACUACAUGGGAAUUCUUUGAAAUGUAUUGAAGCUUACUUGGCUGAGAUUUUUUAAAAUCUUUUUCUAUAAAAGGAGAACGCUGUAAGACAGCUUUAGCUAUUUAGAGAUAACCUUCCAAUCACUCAUGAUAUGCUCAGCCCGCAUUGACCCUUCUGUUUUAUCUUCCUUCCAUGCUGCCUUUCCACCAUUCUCUUGCCCUUUCUACACCCUCUUUCUUACUCCACAAAGCAGUAAGUCCAUUUCAUAUGUUAUUCACGUCUAAAAUAUAUUUAUGGAAAAAAUAUCCAAGAUGAUAAUUGGCCAAACAUAUUUUGUGAACUGCCAAAUUUGCUCAAACAUUUUAGCAGAACGAAACUAUACCUGUUGCUUGACUCAUCAUCUUGAAGAUAAAUUCCAAUCCAUUUAAUAUGGUGAAAUAGAAAUUAAUAUAGACUUACAAUGUUGUCUUUUGAGUUGGGAUAACGUUUUGCACAACUGCAAUUUUCCGUGUGGGUUUUGAAGUUUAAUUCAGUGCAAUCAAGUUAUUCAAAAUACAAUUUGUUCUUAAGUUAUAUAUAAACUAUGUUAAUGAGUCUUCAGUGCAAUUUUGGGAUUGUUUAUGCUUUCAAUUAUUUAACUAGAGAAAACCCAAUUAUAUCCAUUAUUUUGGGACAUCAAAUAAUAUUAAAUAUUGACUUAUACUGCUAUUGUGUAAAUGUGGUACUGAUUCAUUUAAAUCAAAAUGAACUGAUCUGUAGAAAAAAAUCUACAGAGGAUACGCUGUUUAAUAUGUGUAGUAUUCUAGUACUUGUCAGUUUGAGGUUAAUAAGCCCAGACAAAAUGUUAGGAUCAAGCACGGACUGUUCAUGCUCAACAUUGCUUAAAACCACAUCAGUGGGGUGGGGGCGCAUUUAUUGAUAACUACAGGAGAAAGCAUCUCAAAGUCAUCGGUUGUUUGGUUUAUUUGGAUCAAUAUCCCAUCGACUCCCCAGCCUUACCCAAGUCUGAAAUAGAAUUUUGUUCUUAUGAAAGCUAUAGACUGUGUUUGACAGUGAACAAAAUCACGAUUACCUGCUCCAGAAAUGCAAAUCAUUAGCACAGUUUUAUAUUUUGACAAUAGCAUUAAUACAUUAAGAAUUCAUUAAUUCAACCUAAAAAUUGGGAUUUUAAAAAAACAGACUAUGAAAUUUGAUAAUGAAACUUAUGCAAUACAGCAUUGACAAGAAGAUAAAUCCAUUCAGCAAAGAGAUUAUUUACAAAUGUGUGACAAUUUAAAUUAACAUCCUUUCAUUAAAGAGACUUCAUACAUUAUUCACUUUUUUUAAUACAGAAAAAAAUCCCAGAAUUUCAAAGCCCAAAAAUAGCUCUGCUAUACUUUGCACCCAAAUUGUAAAUGAGUAGCUUAAUUACUUUUAAUAUCAGGUAAAAUUUCUCCAAGUAUGUACAUACAGAAUAUGCAAAAUGUAUUUUGAACACAGAUAUACACUGUACCAGUAGAAUUGUAAAGUCCUAAAUAAAAUUGGAAGGAUUAGACUUGCAUGUGCAUUUAAACAAACAAGUUUUUGUCAACUUCACUACAGUCUGUGAAAUUAAAAACUGUAAAAUCC